AUGAGUAAUAUGACUUCUCUGGGCCACAUUCUUCGCAGUAUAAUUAAUCGUACUCAGGAUUAUUGUUUACUAUGUCAGAAACAAAUAGAGGGAAAUCCUAUAAAUAUACAAGACGAAGUUGUAUUGAAAGAAACGGAUUCUAAUGCUUCUAUAAAGAUUUACGACGUGCUAUCCCUAGUACUGGGAUAUGAAAUUUCGUGUUCCAUGUCAGCCCUCGAAGUUUUAUGUAAACAAUGCACACAUUCAGCUGUUAAUUGUUACAAAUUUAUUGUGACUGCGAAAGCAAGUUUCGAAACACUCACCACAGCCAUUAGUAACCUCAAAACAUGUUUAGAAAAUACACCAGAAGGUAUCGAGGGUAAAAAAUCUCUAUACAUCACAUUAGAUACAAGCAACUUCGCGACUCAACAUUAUUAUGAUAAUCAGAGUAAUAACAAUUCCAGUAUAGCCCUUAAGAAUUUUCAAUCUUUAUUUAUUUACAAUGAUAAUACACAGUCGUCAAACAAAACUAUCAGUAGGAGACAUGUUGGUAAAAGAAGAGAUUACUUUUCAGUACCAAUUAAAACAAGUGAAAUGCUAUAUGAUAAGAAUGAUAGGAAAAAUCUGAAGUGCAAAGCUUGUUUGAAACUCUAUCCAUCAUUAUCUAACUUGAGAAACCACUUUAUAAGAGUCCACGCACCAAAGGAUUAUAAGUGCGACAUAUGUCAACGAAAAUUUGGUUCAAUAGCACUCAUAGAGGCCCAUAAAAGUGAAAGCCAUUGUACAAUUGUAUGCAGCGAGUGUGGAAAAACAUUUCACAAUAGACACACAUUGAAAAUGCAUGAAAUAGGACAUUAUUUGAAGCUCGUCUGCCAAGAUUGUGGUAGAGUUUACAAAAGUCAGACUACAUUCAAAAAACAUAUAGAUUUAAAUAUAUGCGGCCAAAAAACUAGAGCGUCUCCGGCCGAUGCGAAAUUCACAUGCGAUUACUGUAAUAAAAAAUAUACACAAAAAGUAUCAUUGCGAGUACACAUUCAAUAUGAGCAUGGCAAUUAUAAAAGUCACGAAUGUAAGUGGUGUAAGAAAAAGUUUUGGGCGCAGAGUAGAUUAAAAGCUCACAUUGUUAAACACACACAGGAAAAAAAAUUUCAAUGCAAUAUGUGUGGCGGCAAGUUUGUUACCAAGGAGUCCUUACUGUAUCAUACAAGAACUCAUACAGGUGAAAAGCCUUAUAAAUGUGAAUUCUGCGACAGCAGAUUUCUAUCAACUUCUAGAAGGGUUGAUCAUAUGAAACGACAUCAUGCCGACCUUAUUUACCAGUGUCAUAUGUGUAACAUGAAAUAUACAACGCAAGUGUGUUUAGAGAAACAUAUGAAAACACAUAAGAAUGUAGAUAAAAGUGUAGAAAUACCGACUUCAGAGGGAGUUAUUCAAGUUUCAGAGGAUGAAAUAUAUUUGGAUAUGUCCGAUGAAGAUUAUAUGAAUCAACAUGUAGGUUAA